AUGGAGAGAGUGAAGGAGGAGAGGAGGCGAACCAGGGGCAAGCGUGGCAUCAAGACCAAGGCUACGGUCAGGAACAACGGCUACGACCACCUGUUCCACACCCGCCAGGCCAUCCUGACCUUCCCCGACGAAGAGGCGGUGCCGUAUUCGCUGAACAAGGGCAAGCGCUGGGCGCAGGUGGAAGAGCUCAAGCAGCAGCUCGCGCACUCCCACGACUCUGACGACGACGACCACGGAGACCAGCAGCCGGCAGACACUCCGACCAGCGUCAAGGAGGUGAUGGAGGUGCAAGUACACCAGCGCGACGUGAUCGGAUCGCUGUCAUGGCGGGUGACUGGGCUGGCCGUCCCGGCCAAAGGCUGCUUUGGCAAAGAGAAGCGCGGAAGGGACUACACGCGGGUGGAGGUGUCGGUGUGCGCCGGUUGCGGGGGAGAGCGGGCGGUGUUGGCCCCGCGGGACCCGGACGAGGUCCGGCGGUCGAGCUGGGCUUUGCGGCAAACGCCCGAGGAGCUGGCGCUGGCGAGGAAGGCGCGGCGGGAGAAGCAGGCGGAGGACCGCAAGCGCCGCGAGCAGCGGAAGCUACGGCACGCGCCCAAGGCCGAGAAGAAGGACCGGCGCCGCGGAGACGAGGGCGUUGAGCAAGGAGGAGGCGAGGAGAACGCACGAGAAAAGAACGAAGCGGAGGGUCCGGUGGAAAGCGGGAGCGAAAGCCAGGAGUCUCUGGGCGAGGAAGAGAGCGAUUGCAGCAGUGCCGAUGAGGACAGCGAAAGUGAAGAGCAAGGAGAAGAAGACGAUGACGAAGCGGAUGAGAACGAUGAAGAAGACGGUAGUGGUGACGAGCAAGGCAACGAUGUUUGCAAGAACAAGGAUCUUCCACAGGAAGAAGGCGUCGAAGAGAACGCAGAUGAGGAGGAGGGACAGACCUCCGAGGGCACGGUGCUGACGUCGCAGGAGAAGUGGCGGAUCACCCCCAAGGAGGGGCGCCUCAUCGUGCACAAGCCGUUCGCCAAGGAUCAAUACCCCAUGUACCGGGAGACCAACUGGAAGUACACCUCGCCGUGCAUGUGCUGCCUGCACUCCUCGGGAAGCAUGUGGCAGCUCAAGGGUAUGGGCGACAAGUCCAAGGGCAAGACCAAGGGCUACCGCAAGGUCCAGCGGCGCGACUUCAAGAACGUCAUCAAGGGCGAGGCGUGA